GACCAGGCUGGUGUUGGUGAGGUGUAGUCUGCCAGCACACAGACACUCACCAGCACACAUGGCUUGCUUCUUCUAUUUUGGAGUCAUGUCCCUUCUGUCAGUGUUGGUGACCUGCCAGCCUGUUCCCGAUGGUGUUCACAUGGAGUGUCAUGAGCGUUACUUCAUGAUAGCUGUGGAUCGCUCUUUUGAAGCGGCGCAAGCUCACUUUGAGGCUGUCGACAGGACUGGCGUGUAUGUCAUCACAGAGUCGUACGCAGCCCAAUGUGGCUACAGCAUCACGGUUCUUCCGAGUGGCUACAUGGAGCUUCGUGCGUCCUACUUCAGCUGUCACACAGCCAACCAGGGGGAUCAGGUGUUCACGUUCAGCUUUAACCUGCUGGCGAGGCGUAACGGGUUGGAGGCCGUCUACGCACUGAACAAAACCUGCUCGCCCUUGCUUGCGUGGUCUCCUCGAGAGGUCACCUGUGAGGUUAAUUACAUGGAGGUGUCUGUAAGCAGCGAAGUAUCAUGUACAGCUGGGACCCAAAUGGACGACUGGAACAUUCUUAAGUCCGCACACAGCUCGUCCACUUCAGACUGGCAGGUGAUGUUCCAGAAGCAUGAGGAGCAGCUGGCACCAAUGAGCCUCUCAGACGCUCGUGGAAGAGGUUACGUGAUUGAGUUGACAGACGGCAGGCUAGUCUUCCGCGCGCCCUACGAACAACCGCACUCUUUUGUCACCAUGGUGAACGGUGUCCCCGUGGAGGUGGUCCACGCAACUCUGUUUUCCAGACAAAGCUGGUUUGUCAUCAUGGUCGACCUGCUGGCCGCCUGCUCCGUGCACGAAGGCACUUUUGAAGACAACGGUCAUGUGGUUUUUGAGACCCCUGAGGCAUUGUACCCUAGUCCUGAUGUCACAGAGAUCCUUGUUGGACUCAACAGUGAACUCCUUGAGCGUUCAGUCUUUGCAGAAAAAGGGGCCAUCGAGAUUAAGGAGGACAUUGUCCAAGUCCGAAUCCCUUUCCACAUGGAGGGUGGACACAGAAAGAGCUUUGUGAGCGGUCAACUAUACGAAUUCUACACCUUCCAUCUCCACCUGGAGCAGCUCUUUGAAAAGAAGGCAACCAGGCUCCGCCUUCACAGGAUUCUGGCCACGCCUCUUCGGCGCCAUCCACUUCUCACCCAGAAUCAGACUCUGGUGGAGGAGCACAUGUUCACUGUCUACCUGGGCAACGUCCCAGAGGAUGUCGAGUUGUUAUCUUUUCAGCUCAAUGGCCAUGAGAUUCCUCAGCCUUUUGCCAACACUAGCUUGUACGUAGAGACCAUUGUGCAAGCAAACAACGAGCAUGGCUACACACUCAAGGUGCCGUUUGAUGACCCCGCCAUCAUGCAGAAGUUCUGGGACGUCCAAAGUGUGAAGCACAGUCUGGACAUAAACUAUACUCUUAAGGUUCUUCCUGAAAACAAGCUCUACUGCCAAACUGUCAGUGUCUCUGCACUGACUGAUGUCUAUCCUCCAGUCAUGGAUGCCGUUUGCUCUGACACGGGGAUCACCUUCAGAUUGCACCACAGGCCUUUGAACUUCCUGUGGUUCUUCAGUGUGGGUUCAGACAUAGUGACAUCAGAGCUGGCUGCUCAGCGAGGCUACAGGAUGAGCAACGACAGUCGGUCACUGCAGCUGAGCGUGCCGGUCUUCACGCAGGGCUUCCAGUAUGCGGAAAUCACUUUGGAGGGUUUCUUGGGCACUUUUGAGAUCCUUGUGAGGGAGUGUGAGACAUCAGCUGUGCAGGGUUCAAUCACCAAGACUUGUCCCUUUGCCUUCUCUGAAGUCAUUGCGUGUUCCAUGGAUGGGAGGAUGACUGUGCUAGCAGACUUGGCCUUCAUCACGCCGAGUGGUGUGAUGUCAUCGACUAGCAACCUGCUGGAUGUCUACUGUGGUCCGACAGAGGCUGAUGGAACCAAGGCGCUGUUCUCCUUUCCACUCAACAGCUGUGGCUCCGAAGUCGAGAUCGACAAGAAUAAAGUCCACUACAGAAACGAGAUCUUUUACAACGGCAGUGAACAUUCUAAUGAAAGGGUGGUGGUGCAGUGCACAUAUCCUCUUGAUGGCCUCCACAGGCUCUUCUCCAUGCACAAGUUUGAGUCAGACAGCCCAGGCAGUGGAAGCAUCAUCCACAGCAAGCAGCCCACUGCAGCACCGCAGCACAGAACCAUCCAGACUACUACAGGUCAGACUAGACCUCCUGCGACCAGCAGAACAAGCAGAGGUCCAGAUGUGAAACGGCCGGCCUCCCAACAUGGCAAUGUUCGAUACAUCAAAGUGUUAAGAGGCAAAUCUUACCUUGAUGUGAGGCAAAGUCCUUACUUUAGAGAGAUAAAAUAUUAAGGAUAUUUUUUUAUUAAAUAAAUCUUUAAACUUA